UAUAUCUUAUUUAUUUGUUGUUCAACGAUAUAUGAAAACAACCAUUCUGAAAAGAGCUGAAGAAAAUGAGAAUGUGGUUGAUAAAAUGUGUAAUCUGGCUCUUUGUGUUGAUAACAUGGUAAUUUGUUGCUCAAACUAUCAACCACUGGAUUGCCUGGUCCAGACUGGAUUAUUUUCAGACAUUUUGUGUAAUACUUUCCAGAUGUUUUCAUUUUGGUUAAAUGUGGCAUUUAAUCGGUGCAUUUUAUUUUCCAGGCUGUGGCAAUCAACAAGGCUAUCAACAGUCAAGAAACACCUGUCAAAGAAAAACAUGUUCGAAACACAAUCCUUGGUACCUUCCAAGACAAUGGCGGAGGGAUGUUCUGGACCGUUGCCACCAAGCUGCCUGUCCAGGGCAACCCCAUCGUGUGCUGGAAGUUUCUCCACGUUCUCCACAAGAUACUUCGAGAUGGACACCCUAAUGUCAUUAUUGAUUCCAUGAAGUACAGGAGUCACCUCACAGACCUGGGAAAGCUAUGGGGUCAUCUUAAGGAGGGAUAUGGCAAACUGAUAGCAUCGUACUGUAAGCUGCUGAAGCAGAAGCUAGCCUUCCACAGGAAGUUUCCCCGAAUUCCAGGAAACAUGAUGAUGUCCGAUGAAACUUUCAACAAAAUUUGUGGAUCCGAUGUGAACAGCUACUUUGAGUUCUCCAUCGACAUGCUGGAUUACCUGGAUGAGAUUCUCAGCUUCCAGCAAGCAGUGUUCGGUUCACUGGACAUGUCCCGGGCCAACUCUAUGACGACGUCGGGACAGUGCCGCCUCGCUCCCCUCAUCCUGUGUAUCCUUGACUCAUGCCAGCUGUAUGACUACCUGGUCAAGUCUCUCUUCCGACUUCAUUCUAGUCUGACACCCGACACACUCUCAGGUCACCGGGAGAGAUUCCUCAAGGGUUACAAGAGGCUAAAACAGUUCUACCACAGCAGUGCCACACUUCAGUAUUUCAAGAAUCUAGUCCAGGUCCCCGCAUUGCCGGAGGAACCACCCAACUUCUUGAUAGCCUCUGACAUCAGUAAGCAUGUGAAGCCUGUAGCAGUGGUGCCAUCAGAACCAGAGCCGGAACCGGAACCAGAGCUCGACACCCCAGAGGUGGAAUCAGUGGGCAACCUCAUAGACACAACGGAGAAUGACAGAUUUGACAAAACUUUUGGACAGGAGAUGGGCGCAUUCAAUUUCAACGGACGACCACCUGAACCAGAUGAACGUGACCUGCUGAUAGAACGACUGCACAGAGAGAUUGAGUUCCUGAAGCAAGAGCUGCAUCGACUCAAGACAGAGGAUGGAAGAAUCAUCCAGUCUUUAAAGGAUGAAAUCAGCAAGAUGGAGAAGCUGUUAUCAGAACUCAGGUUAUCGGCUGACAAAGCAUUAAAGGACAGUGAGAUGAUGAAGAAGGAAAGGGAUGAAGCCCAGGCCAGUCUAGAUGCCCUGGCGAAACUGCCUGAAGCCGAGAAACAAGCAAAGGCCAACCAAGAGAAAUUCCAGAAGAUGAAGGACAUCUAUGGGAAACUGAGGGAGGAGCAUGUGCAGCUUCUUAGGAAUCAUGCUGAUGUUACCAAACAACUUGCUACGGAGAAGAAAGCAGCUGACGAGAAGGAGCAAGUCAUUAAGGAGGCAAAGAUGGACCUCCAGCGCCUUGAGGACGAGAAGCAGGUCAUCCACAAUAACCUGCAGAAAAGUGCCGAUGAGGUCACAGGUCAGCUGGCUGAGGUCACUGGUAAAUGUUCUGUUCUGGAGCAGCAGAAAGAGGACCUUGACUGUAAAGUAAAAAAUUUAGAGGACAGCAAAUCUACUCUAGAAUCUCAGUUAGAGGAAAGUCAAACAUCAGUUGCCUCCCUUGAAUCCCGCCUGUCUGAAGUGCAGCAAGGGGGCGACCAGCGAGAGCAGGAGCUGUGCGGUCAGCUGUCCUCGCUGCAGGCAUCCUUGUCCACCACACAGAAGGAGAGGGAGGAGAGUGAGAAGAGACUGAGUGAGCAGGUGUCACAACUGCAGGGGCAGUUGGACCAAACUCUGGCUGAGAAGGCCUCGAAAGAGGAAUCUCUGACCGAGAAGCUGGAUGAGCUUCAGAAACAACUGGAUCAGCUGAAGACAGACAAGCAGGACAGUGAAAGUCGCCUUGGUGGUCAAAUUGAUGACCUGCACAAGAAACUGUUAGAGAGAGGCGUGUCCGAAGGAAAGGCUAUAAUACAGGAUGCUCUGGAGCAGAAUGAGAACCCGACACACACAACCGUCACAUGUACAGCAGAAUACUUACUGAUGAGAGCAGAGCCUGUGUUGGAGAGUCUGACGAAGCUACGACAGAGUCAUGGUGCAUACACUGGGGAAAAGAAAGAUUUAGAUAUAUUGAUUGGGACAAUCAGCAUGUUUUCACAUCGAAUGAGUGACUGUAUCGUGCAUGGGUUCGCUACGUCCCACUCCGCACAGAUAGAGCCAGGGGAGGAACUGGCCAAUGCUUGUCGAGACACGGGGAGUUCCGGGGUGUCACUCCUGGAUGCUGUUGGCAAAGGUGGCAACACAACAUCUGAGGUGGAUGACUGCAUCCAGAAAGUGCAAUACGUGAUGAAGCUGGCAGAGGACCUGGUCCCCAAGAUGGAGGACGUGAAAGCUGAGGAGAUCGGGGACCUUGUCGACAAGGAGAUGUCCUCAACAACCAAAGCCAUUGAAGAGGCAGCCAAGAAGAUAGAGGAGAUGCUGCAGAAGACGAGGGAGGACAAUACGGGUAUAGAGCUGGAGGUGAAUGAGAGAAUCCUGGACGCCUGCACAGCUCUCAUGAAGGCCAUCAAGGUGCUAAUAGAGAAAUCCAGGGAUGUGCAGAAGCAGAUUGUACUCCAGGGCAGGGGGACAUCCACAGCCAAAGAUUUUUACAAGAAGCAUCACCGCUGGACAGAGGGGUUAAUAUCUGCGGCCAAGGCUGUGGGCUUUGGUGCCUCCACUCUCAUGGAGGCAGCAGACAAGUUGGUGAAGGGCGAGGGCAAGUUCGAGGAACUGAUGGUCUGUGCCCAGGAGAUCGCAGCCAGCACCGCACAGCUUACCGUGGCCUCAAAGGUCAAGGCUGAUCGAGGGAGUGAAGGGUUGUCCGAGUUGUCUCGGGCAUCAAAGAAAGUCAACGAGGCCACAGGAAAUGUUGUAGCAUCUGCCAAAACUGCUUCACAGAUAGUUGAGGAUAAGAAUCUGAUGGACUUCACCCAGCUGUCUCUCCAUGACACAAAGAGGAUGGAGAUGCAGACUCAGGUGCGUGUGAUUGAGCUGGAGACGAUGCUGGAGCAGGAGCGGAGGAAGCUAGGGGAUCUGAGGAAGCAGCACUACCAGCUGGCCGGAGAGGAAGGAGAGGAGAAUGGACUCGGGGAAGAUGUCAACAAAAGCUGACGUGGUUGAGGAGAAGGCUGGCGGUGGUAUUUUAAUCUGAGUGCUGUGUAAAGACUAUAACCAAGAUGUCCCGGAAAAUGUCAUACACACAUGUCGUCACUUCAGUCAUCACGAGAGGUCAUCAUGUUACUUAGCCAUCAAGGUCACUAGGUCAUCCAAGGUCAUCAGCUUUGAGAGAGGUCAUCGAGGGUCAAUGGGUCAUUGAGAAGAGUCUUCACAUGACACUCACAAAGAGGUCAAAUGACCCCAUGCUACAGUAACAGAAGAAUGCUAUGGAUUAUUUUUAAUUUUUAUUUUUUAACGAUUUUGAAAACAUGCAAGGGAUGAUUGUCAGAUAUAUUGGACUUUUUAUGUAUUUAGUGACGUGUGUGAAUCAUACCCAGGUAAUUGAAAGAACUUAAGACAUUCAUUUGGACUUUCACACAUAUUGUCCAGAAAAUGGAAUAAUUAAUCUGUUACCAUUUCUUUAUAUUCGAAUACCCCCACAGUAUGUAUAUGUACAGGUAUAUCAGAUCCUAUUAAACAAAUAUAAGUUUCAACAACUAAAGUACUUGACAACUUUUAUGUAUUGGUCAAAAGAAUAUACAUGUAAUCCUGAUACUUAACAUAUGAUAUCAUUAUGCACAUUAAACAUGAUAGGCUCCAGCUAGAAGGGCCAGCCAAAGUGUACCGGUAGUACUUCAGUCUGCGACUUUUGCCACUUGUCCGAAGCCCGAGAAGCCUGAUAUUGCACUUCUGUAGAGGCGUGUGGAAUAAGUCAUUUCAGCAGUUAAUCCCGUACAGUGGAAGGCAGUGGGUGAGUCUUGUGGUUGAAGUAUUCGGUAUUCAAGCCACACCCGGGUGCAGUGUUUGAAGCCUGUACGAUUUUGAUAUUUUGGACCCCAACCUUUUAUAAAUGCUGGAUCUGCCCUUGUCAUUGCACUGUGGACAAUACAUCGGUACUAAUAAAUAAAGAAUUUUAUAAUGUAAGUGAAAAUUUUGUUCCAGAUUGGCCCGUGUUAUUUAAAUUAAAUUUUGAGAGCAAAAGAAGUGUACACAUGAGUAUAUUUGCAGUGUUAGUAAUUAAGGUUGAAAUAAUAGUGAGUGUUAUGGCCUUAAUGUUCUCAGUUAUGGAUUUAGAGGUACUAUGAUUCAUAUACCAUUGCCAACAACCACAAGGGCCCACUGUCUGUCACUGGAGGUGUGACAGUCUGGCAGCAAGAGUACACUAGGUAUACAUGUGCACAUCUUCACAUUGAGACUCCAUUGAGUGAACACCCUCAUAUAUGUAUGUGUAUAAAUUGAAUCUCAUACUCACACAAUGAAUAACUAUCAUUUCGACAUUUCACUGGUCAUUUGAACAUGUGCUCCAAUAUGGCCUCAUUGUCAGCCAUAUUGGAUAUCUGCAUUGUCAUUGAUGUAAAAACUUCAUAUCUUCAUAUCAUUCACAUCUUGGGGGAGGAUUCAAUGUGUUGCCCAUGGCAGUGUUUUAUGUACCAUAUAGGCUGGUGUGGUUUAUGACAUGUAAGAAAUUGGUUCACACAUUCAAACUGUAUUGGAAAUUUAUAGUGUUGCGCAUGGUUAACAUUUGUUAUGUAUUCAAUUCUUGGAUAAGUUUGUAAUGUACAAAUCUCCAUGGCAUUUCAUUCGUUUGUGUAGUUCCUUAACACAAGAAGGGGAUAGUGUAUCCUGUCUCCAAGAUAUUGAGUUGACAUUUUGGAAUAUUCAGAUGUAACUAUUUUGGCACCUUUGUCUCACAUGAAUCCAGAGUGAUGAAAUAUACUUAAUUCAUUGACACAUGUUAGAAAGGGAAUUGGUAUAUGAGUAUCAUUUGCAGGACUAAUUCUAGGGCGACUAAUUUGGAGCGAUCCACCAAAUGGUUGUUUGUUCAUGAUAUGAGUCUCCAUGUUCAAGGUAUGUUAACAUGAUUUUAUUCUGGUUUGGAUGUAACAAGGAUACCAGAAAUUAUUUGUUGCCAACGUUUAUGUCAAGUUUUCUUGAUAGUUUAAGAUGAUACACAUAAAUAAGAUGAUACACACAUGAGAUUUAAUAAUACAUUUUUUUAUGAUAAAGCUGUAGACUUUGAAUGUGACUCGUCAAAAUGAUAAUUGAAACAAUUCCCAUCGAUGCUGAAGAAAUCGUAGGGGACUUUAUAGAAAAAUAUAUAUAGACCCAGACAUUCUUUAAAAAAAUAAUUAUGCUUCAAACUGUUGGAAAAGAAUUGCCUGCCACAAAAAUGACAUUGUUGCAAGGUGUGAUAACAUGUGUAAUAACUUUCUGAUAUUUGCACAUGUGCAUUUUCGUGAUUCUCAAUGCUGAUUGGUCAACUGAAGCCAUAAGACGUCACAGUGCUUCAUUGUUGAGAAGAUUUGAUAUGAUGUUAUCCAUUGUUCUUGAUGUCACAAUUACAUGACAUCAACUGAACAAUGGGCUGCUUUCAGUGAAGUAGGGUUGACAUUGCACACAGGUGGUUUUUUUUCAUUUUCUCUCUUAAAGUGUCAUCAGGUAAUAUAUAGAAUAACCUACCCGUAACUCUGCAUUACGGAUUAUCUGUCCCUAGUGAAUAAAUACUGUAAGUCCCUCCCCAAAGACACGGGAUCAACACCAUUCAUUCUCUCCGGUCAGAUAAUUUGUCAUUCCUCGUAGCUCGUUGGUUAUUCUCUAAUUGUAUCACAGGUGUAUAGGUUAAUGGUCUCUCUGACAACUUUUAUACAUGUUUAUUAUCAUGCUUUUGCUAUCUUUCUAUCUUUAACGCAAUCCUUUUUAAAGUUUUCCUGAAGAAGCUCUCCUUUUCAUGUGGAUAAGUGGUACAGGAAAAUAUUUCUUUUGAAACUUUACAGUCAGCUGAUAUUGAAGUUUAUUUCUGAGAUGCUCUAUGUACAGAUCUACCAACCGAGGGUUUGUUUUAUUGUGACGACUAAGGUAUCUAAGAUAUUUCUCAGCUUGAACAAUAUGUAGGUGUGAAUUCAGUCCUUCAUGACUCUUUAAUCUAGGCUAGAACAUUUGGUUAUGUAUGUGUGUGUAUGUUUCCUGGUAACCAAAUAGAAAAUGGCAAGUUUCAUCCCAAUGGAAAUUUGACAAAUGUGAUAAUUUGUUUGUAUUGUGCCAAGCAAUGUGUUUGUGGUUACGUAUCCAGCAACCAAGUAUGUCGACUUUGGAUUAUCAGUGUAACCUUUAACCUGUACUCUUUACCCUGCCACCUUUUCUUGUCUCUUAUUCUCCUUCCACUUCCACACAUAUUUUUAACUUUGAGACACAACAAUCUUUUUCUAAAAAUGAAAACACUGCUGCCUCUUUUUAACGGCAUUUUUGGGGUUGUUUUUAUAAGGUACAGAUGGCUAUUAUUCAACCAGUCACCUUGGUGUUAGACGUUUUCUUGAUACUAGAAAAAAAGGAUGAAGAUCACUUACUGAAAUCCUACAAAGAAUUUUACUGGUCUCCAGUAGGGUGGAAUUAUUUGGUUUGUCUAUAAAAUAAAAUAUAAACUUACCAUUCAUUGUUUAUGCCUUACUGUCUGUGAUUGUCUAUAAUUCUAGUUGUGAAUGAAAGAUAGGAUUUCAUUUUUGCAACAAUGAAGUUUUUAAAGGAAAAUGUUUCUUGUGAAUUUGUGUUUUUUAUCGUACUGCCGGUCUUACUUUUCUUCUUUGUAGAGCAAACAAAGCUGAAGUUGCACAUGCCAAGAAGUCAGAGUUUGUACAAAUCAUGUAUAUUUGGUACCCAGCAAGAUAGAGUUAGGUAAGCUAGAGUUGAGUUCAGUAAGUGUACAUAUUGGAGUGUCUGAGUUGGCAAGGGUGUUGUCCAAUUGGCUGGAAGGUGUUUUUUUAAAAGUUUUGUUUGUUUGAGCAUCAGUCUCCUUAAUAUGUGUCACUGACAAACAAUAUUGCUCGGUCAAUAUUAGCAUUGAGAUGUAACAUAAUGCCAUUGAGCACGCGUAAACUUCCUACUAGUCAUAAUUGUGAAAUGUUGUAGUGUUCAAGCAAUGUUAUGUCUCGGCUUUGCCCAGCACUCUUAAAGGGUUCUGUGCUCAAAGUGUUAACAUCGGAACUGUCAUUGUAUCAAGUGUUAACAUCGAUACAGUCAUUGUAUCAAGGGUUAACAUCGAUACUGUCAUCGUAUCAAGGGUUAACAUCGAUACUGUCAUAGUAUCAAGGGUUAACAUCGAUACUGUCUUAGUAUGAAGGGUUAAAAUCAAAACUGUCAUAGUAUCAAGUGUUAACAUCGAUGCUGUCAUAGUAUCAAGGGUUAACAUCGAUACUGUCAUCGUAUCAAGGGUUAACAUCGAUACUGUCAUAGUAUCAAGGGUUAACAUCGAUACUGUCUUAGUAUGAAGGGUUAAAAUCAAAACUGUCAUAGUAUCAAGUGUUAACAUCGAUGCUGUCAUAGUAUCAAGGGUUAACAUCGAAACUGUCAUAGUAUCAAGGGUUAACAUCGAUACUGUCAUUGUAUCAAGUGUUAACAUCAAUACUGUCAUUGUAUCAAGUGUUAACAUCGAAACUCAUAGUAUCAAGUGUUAACAUCGAUGCUGUCAUAGUAUCAAGGGUUAACAUCGAUACUGUCAUAGUAUCAAGGGUUAACAUCGAUACUGUCAUAGUAUCAAGGGUUAACAUCAAUACUGUCAUAGUAUCAAGUGUUAACAUCGAUGCUGUCAUAGUAUCAAUGGUUAACAUCGGAACUGUCAUAGUAUCAAGGGUUAACAUUGAUAAAAUGAACCCCUUAAAUGUACUGUUUAUUUUUAGAGAAUAUUCAUAACUUUAUCAUUUACAAUAUUCAGAGUGAUUACCUUAUCCUGUUCUUGGUUUUCAUCCAAGACUUGUCGUCAGUAUGAUCCUGGGUUUGUCAGCACCAUACCCGUGCUCGUGGGUUUCAGUAACAAGGUAAACAUCUCAAGGCCUGAAUCACUUAGGGCCACCAUACCCGUGCUCGUGGGUUUCAGUAACAAGGUAAACAUCUCAAGGCCUGAUUCACUUAGGGCCACCAUACCCGUGCUCGUGGGUUUCAGUAACAAGGUAAACAUCUCAAGGCCUGAUUCACUUCAGGCAUUCCUCCCACGUCAAGCUGGCAGGCCGGGGUGUAAGUGAUGAGGUGUUCCAAGCAGUGUUAUACCCAGCUGACUCACUCCGUUGUCAACAGAACUUAAUUACGCGUUGAUGUUGUUGAAACAGUUCAUGAAUCUACCCAAUUGUUUGGCAACAAUAAGCUGUGCAAGCCAUUGCUUUAUAACAACAUAUUCAUGCUAGCACACUUUGUCAAGUGUAAUUACCCCAAAGAUCUGCCAAAAGGUUUGUUUUUUUAUACUUCAACAUUGUGUUGCUUUGAAGAAAAGUGGACAUGUUCCUUGUGUUAAAGGUGAGCAGAUUGUAAACUGUUUGGGUUUUUUCAGUUUUAAAGGGUUUUUCACUUCCUUUGUUAUUGAUUGGGAUUUUAUUUCUGGUGCUGUUUAAGUCUUUGUUGUAGCCAUUUCCUCAGUGCCUUAGUUUUCAUGUGUAGAAAUAAACUGGGAUUUUUGUCACAAGCAGUUAAUUAUGUCAAUUAACACACACCAAGGUACCCUGGAAUGGCUCAUGUUAAAAAGCCCAGAUGAACUCCGUGGAUUUGAAGAUUGUUUUCUCCACCUUCAACCUUCAGUUUGAUCAUGUGUUUCUGGAAACUGAUGAUUGUUGAAUUUUGACAUCAAGUAUGUCAAUUGAAAUAUUUCUGUGAGGUAUUAAUCUGUUUACUUAAGAUAUUAGGUAGUGCUAUGCUUACAAAUGAAGUUAUUAUGACGGAUUGAUAUUUUUAUUUAAAAUACUCGGAUUGCUGUUGAGAUAUUGUAGGAUUUAUGGCAACACUUGUGAAGAUCAUGAUGAAGGCCCAUUUGCACCUCAUACUUCUACACAGACUUGCAAACUUUGUGCUACAGACGUGCAUCUGGGUCGGGAUCUACUGUUUGUUGUAAAAGACGAAAUGGCAAUCAGGUAGCCACAGUGAUGGAUAGUACACGGAUGGUCACCAAGGAGAACUUUCCUCUGUGACCUGGCUGUGUCAUCGUACCUGAUGGUGUGGAUCAAUGCUCAUGCUAUCAACCACAGGUUGACCUACUAAUGGCCUCUUAGAAGUCAAUAUUCCAGUUAUGAUGCUGACUUGACAGUAAACCUUGGCAUGGUCUGUCACAAAAGAAAUUUUAUUUGAAUGCUUUUCUCACUGUUCUUGAGUUAUGGUCAUUCCAGAGUGCAAUACAAUUCUUCAAUUCUUGAAAUUGUGGAACAGUAAUAUAUCUGAAUUGUCUAAUUCUAUUAUUAUACUAAGCAUACUAUACCUCAGCAUUUCUUUCACUUAUAACCCAUACAGAGUUGUAUUAACAGGGUUCAUGAUUAUUUAGACACAUUGUAAUUUUGACCAAUGAAAUGUAUUUAUUUAAACUUGUAUUACAAAGUUGUGUGUCAUACUGCCUGUUUUUGAAUGCAUUAUAUAAAUCAUUUUUAAUCUAUACUGAUGUGUAUUCUGUUUAUGGAGAUCUACUCUACUCUUUGUUAAGCUUUAUAGAGCAGUGAACCAUCCCACUGCAAUGUUCAUUGUUGGCUUCAUGUUAACCUGGAAGUUUGUUCGUCCCUCUUGUCCUCAAACAAUCAUUUUGAACUAUGUUUUUGUAACCCAGCACAAUAAAUCAUUAUCAAGAUUGUGGUCUGAGAGAAAAUAGUUAAAAAAUUUAACUUUGAUUUGUAUUUGUUUUAGAUUUGAAAAAAAGCUAAAAUUCUUUACAGCUGAGAUGAAAAGGCUUCUUCUUGGAAAUAAGGUGCGAUCGGGUAGCCUACUGGUUAAAGCGUUCGCUCAUCAUGCCAAAGACCCGGGUUUGAUUCCCGAUGUGUGAAGCCCAUUUAUGGUGUCCCUCACAGUGAUAUUGCUGGAAUAUUGCUAAAAGCGGCGUAAAACCACACUCACUCACUCACUCUUUGAAAUAAACCGCAGUUCCUUGUAGCUUGUCAGUUAUUCUCAUAAUAUUAAUUGCGGUUGAAUUUGUGAAAUGCACUAAUCAUUAGUUUGAUUCUUGUAUAGACAGUGUGACAUUAAAGAUGAAUAUCUUUCUUAUGUGAGUUUUGAAGUAUUGGAUUACCACCAGGGCCUCUGUAAUGGACAAACUCGUUGUUAUGAGAGUUGUUGUAAAAGGCCGUUCAAUACACUGAAACGAAAGUUAUGUUUUGUUGUGCCCAAAGUCAUAACCCUAGGCUACUGAAUAGUUCAUAUGCAAGUGUCCUAUUUGUUUUCUUUGAGAUAUGGUUUGACCUGAUUGUUGGAGGACAUCUAAAGUGUUCGUGUCUGUACACAGCAGUUUGUGUAUGUGUGUGUCUAGGUAUGUGUCACUCUACAUGCAAAUUAUUUAUUUAAACUACUGACAUAUGCAUCUAUGUAAACUUUCAACAGAAAUAAAUACAUCAUGUCUACACUCA